AUGGACUCCCCUCACAUCACCCUCACAAAGAUGGGCCCACAUGAUGAGCCCAAAGCCUUCAUCGAUCUCUUCGAGCAAGCGGCCCAAACGUGGGGAUGGCCAAUCGAGCGGCGCGUGGCUCGCCUUCUCCCAUUUCUGACAGGUGAGGUGCAGCUCGCAGUGCAGCAGCUCCUUGAUGACAGCCAGCUCAACUACUCCGACCUCAAGAGGGCCAUUUUGCAGGCACCAAUGCAGGAUUCAGAGAGAGAUCAAGAGGGAGGCCCAAAAGAAGAUAAUGGAGAGACCCCAGUCAGUGACGAUGUUGAAGUGCCUGGACCAUCGGUUGAGAAUGCAGUAAAACCAGUAGUGAUUGACUUGGAGGAGUGUGAUUACAAUGAAACAGACAAUGAUUGGAAACUUAUUAAAGAGCCAGCUCGAGCGGCUAAAGUUUUUAAAGAGAAUCUUCUAAGGGAGCAUGCCAAUGGGGAAACACUUAAGAUGAAGAUGGAUGUUCGAGGCUCAGAAGAGGAGCGGGAACAACAGCUUCUGUCAUUCUACAAGCAGCAGCAGAAGUGGGCAUGUCCACUCAACUGUACUCUUGCUGGUGAUGCUGCUGUUGGAGAGGGAGUGAUGAGGUUCUUCAUGACAACAAUAAUAUCCAAACUCCAGUUUGGAUUCAGUCUAGGGCUUGGUAAGUUUCCUACUGUUUUGCUGGAUAAUAUGGUGUUAUGUUUAAUUUAA